AUUCUUAUUUCAAGUAAUAUCGAAAUCGGAUUCAGAUUUCAGGUGUGAUCUUCCGUGCCUACUCCAUGCAUCAUAUAAAAACAGAUAUACACGCAAUCAAUUAAUCAAUCUUUGGCUUUUCUUCUCAUCCAUAUUCUUCGCAUACUACAUAAAAUUAAAUACCAGAGAGAUUAGACUAUAGACUAUAUGGAAGAAAUUACGGAGCAAUUUCGAAAACUCGAAACAGGGAGAUCAGAACAAGGAGAUGAAGAAAAUUUCAAAGGCCAGUCGAGUUCAAGCAUCCAACAAGUCGAGGAAAUAAUUGGAUAUAGUUUUAAAGACAAGAAGUUGCUAGAAGAAGCUUACACGGAUCCUUCCUGCACAAAAUAUGGUUCGAAAACCUCGUAUGAACGGCUUGAAUACAUAGGAGAUACAGUACUCAAUUUUCUCGUGGGGACAGAACAGUUUGCUCUGUAUCCUGAUUUGUCGCCGGGUGAGCUGACUCAGUUACGGUCCGCUAAUGUCAGCACCGAGAAACUCGCACGAGCUGCAGCUCAACAUGGGUUAUUCAGAUUCUUACGUCAUGAUAGGCCUCUGCUUGGUGCCCAAAUUGAAGAAUUCAUUAGCACUUUAUCGAAAUAUCAUUUGUCUUCGGUGGGAUUAAUUGAUGCACCAAAGACCCUUGCUAAUAUUGUUGAAUCAACUAUUGGAGCUGUGUUCCUUGAUAGUAACAAUUGUAAUGAAACCACCUCGAAGGUCAUUAAUAAGUUGUUGCAACCUAUAAUUACUCCAUCAACCGUGACAAGACAUCCAGUUACACUAUUAUUUGAAAUAUGUCAAAAGAGUGGAUUCAAUGUUGAAGUUCUUGAUACAUGGGAAGAAAAUGGACAAAUAGAAAUUAUCGUAGCAAAUACGUAUGUUGGAAGAGGACAAUACAAAAUUAGAAAAAUGAUUGCAUACAAUAGAGCUGCUGCAGAUGCAUAUAAUGACAUUGUAAAAAAAUCCAUAUAAAUGAUGGCUAAAUUCUUGAUUAUGCUUGAACUUUGUUUUUCCAUAUAUAUGGUUGUCACUAUCUUGAAUAAUUGAUAAAUAAGAAGUACAUAAAUCUUUGUAGUUAUGUUUUCAUUGAUGUACAACUCUUUAUUACCCAACUAAUUUCAUUAUGUAUGUUUUAGAUUUAAUAUUUUAACUUAUAUAUUACAGAGAACUCAUGAAAUGUCAAUUUUGACGUAUUUUUGUUAAUUGUUAACAUCCAAAUUAUUUUGGUUACACUCUUAAUUAAAUUUGACAGGAUAAGUUAAUGUUGAAAUUCAACUACAUCCAACUCAUUUUAUGCGAUAUUUGACUUUUUGGCAUGUCUUUGUAAAUGUCCUAUGUGCUAUAGCUUGUUCUGUGCAAAGUUUAAAGUUCCAUGGCCUUCUGAGAUUACAUGCAGGGAGUUUCAAAAGUUACAUAAUAAUGAGAGGGAGAUAGGAUAUUAUGUUCAUGCAACUUGCUAAGAAAAAGAAAGGACUGAAGGCUGCUUAGCCAUGAGAUGCAGAUGCGGACAUACAUUCUCUUACAACUGUGGUGCUUAUGUAUCCGAUCACUACUGUCCACACUGCAAGCAUUGAAUCAAGGUAGGAAAAGUACAUUUUGUUCUCAAGCUGAUGACAUUUGUUGUUUCUAAAGUACAAUGGCUUCUUAAAUUGAGCAAUAAUCAGCGGUAACUAUAGAAUUUUUUAUUGUGCAUGCUGAUAUUUUGAAUAAUCAAGAUUGAAUCUCUAUAAACCUCGACAUGUUUGUUCUGAAAUUUUCAAGUUUGAGCACUUGGUUGUUAAGUCACUAGAUUGCAGUAGUAGGAUCAUAAAUUGACAAAGUCUGUCUUAGACUCUUAGUUGGCAUUCUAUAUAAAAGGGGCAUUAAAUUCAUCUGAUCACUGAGCAUAAACUGAAGAAAUUUAUUUCUUUAGUAUAGCAGUACUUUAAGUAGGAUAUAACAGGACAGUUAAAAGAAAAACUUGUACACUGGCUACAUGAUAGUUUGAUAAAAUAUAGUAAUCUAUCUCCGCAGAUAUUCGGUACAGAUGCUACCAAAUCUCUAGAGGUUUUACAUUCAUCAAUUGAGAAGUAUUCAAUUAAUGAAGAUUAUAAUAGUUCGAUACUUAUUUUCUACCAUAUAUCUAAUUUCCAGAAUUUUCUUGAUUUUUUUAAUGAUUGCAAAUAUAUUUUGAUGUUAAUAAUUAUAUUAAACGAUUCUUGCUAAUUUCAUUAUUUCUUUCUCAGCAUCACAUCAAAAACGGUCUUUUGUGUGAUGAACUGUUAAUGACUUUGUUCAAGUGGUGAAACAGUGUGCUAUUCAGUUAUUGUGUCUAUUACUCUUGUAUCUGUAAGCGGAAACCUGAUAUUUGAUUUUGUAUGACUAAAAUAUCUCAAUCACCUUUACAGUGAGGGUAGAAGUUGGAUAAAGCUCACUUUCAUAAUUUCUCAAAGAGAAUUUUCUGGAAAUGUCCUCUUGUUGGUACUUGGGGAUUGUAUAAUUAUGUGUUUUUGUAAAUUUUUAUACAUCAAUGGAAAGAAGUGUUAUGAAGUGUAAGGAACUGUCGAUGCCUUUGUUUAA